CGUACUUUCUACGCGGACCUAGUGACGCUUUGACGCCUUCACGGACCUCAGUCUCCUUUGAGAUCUCGACGCUCCUAUAUUAUGCCAUGACUAGUGAUGCGCCUCUCAGUUUCAACCAGGCCGUGAGAGGAAUCUCGGAGUUCAUCGAAGUUGCAAUUCAUAACAUCUUGUAUGUACGUCAAGUAUACCCCGCCGAUGUCUUCAUUCGUCGCAAGAAAUACAAUCUGCCGGUGUUUCAGUCCCGCCAUCCUGGUCUGAAUGACUACAUAUCAGGGGCCGUCAAAGCUGUUUCCGAUGAACUUGCUGUUGGUAAUGUGGAUAAAGUCAUUAUGGUUAUCAAGAACAAAGAAGAAGUCCCGCUUGAGCGAUACAUCUUUGCAAUUCAGAAUAUGAUUCAAGUAGAGCACUUCAACAAGGAAACGAGUGUCGAAGAAGCAAUGACGGCAUCUACGCUCGGGCAUUACUUCCGUUCUUUCCUCGUGAAGCUCUCUAUGAUUGAGUCCGAGCUCGGUCAAUACCCACUUCCCGAUGAUCUUUCAUUCGCGAUUAUUCUAGAGUUGAAGGACGAUAAGGCACCGACCGUGCCUCAGGGAAAGGAUCCUCCUCCGUGGGUACCGGCAUCGACUCAGCACACUACUGCGGGUGCGUCAGAAGGUGCGGAGCUACAUAUGCUCCGUGCAGUCGAUACUGGGAUCAUCAGCCUUUCGUUAGCAGUGCAAGAGUCUGAACAGAAAUUGGAAUUAGAGAAACAGAAAAACUCCAAAGGAAAGCAGAAGGCGACUUGACAGUCACCCCUGCAUCUAUAUAUACAAUUCAUAUUUAAAGGUAUUCGGGCAUGCUGUAGUCAAGACAUGUGAAGUUGAAGCGAUAACCACCCGAAAAUCCAAAGUCACUUCAUUGCACUACAAGUACACCACUAGCAGAAUGUAUUAAACUAUUAGACGUCCACACGUAUACGCUGAAUGAUAGGUAUUAUCCUGUCCCACUCGUCCAUCGCCUAUGACACGAA